GCGUCCGGUCCCCUACGGUCCCGCAGGGACAGCAAAGCCAUCGCCGCCUAACCUGCGAUCAACUUGAGUGUUUCGUAAGAUGUAAAAUCUCUCUUUUUAAUUUUUGCUAGAACGAUUAACUCAGUUGUAAAUUCCUGAUGUAUUUUCAAACCUGGAUUUUAGACCGUGGAGCUGUUUUUUGGGGGAACUGCAAUAUUGGCAGUUUUGAAUUUUGUUGAAACCCUGGUGAACUUCUAAGGCGAAAAUUCGGCAUCGUGUUUUUUUUCCUGCUUGCAUCACUUUCCUCAUGGAGAUAGAGGAAGACAGGGAGAAGCUGCGGAUGCUUUUCCACGCCUGCGAUGUGAAUAAUUCGGGGCGCAUUGAGAAAGAGGACUUCCUCAAGGUCUGUUCGGAGCUCCCCGUCCAGCCCAUCGAGGUGGAUGCGAUAUUCUCCAAACUGGACGCCGACCGAGACGGAAGCAUAAACUUCGAGGAGUUUAGCAGCGGCUUCCGGGGGGUAUCGGAGUUGGUCUGCUUCGGGGGCAUGGAGAGCGGCAGCGGGGACAGCUACGCCCUGGCGUGGGAGGCGUUCCGGCGCCGGCUAGGAAAGCAAGCCGAGCUCAUUCCCAGGGAUGAACAGGCUGCCGUUCUGUACCAGAACAUUCACCUGAUCGAGCCCAGGAUGCUGCCUCAGUAUGAACGGGUCAUCAUGAACUUCAUAAGGGAGAUCAAACGGCAGAACUCGGAGACGGACAAUCUGGCCUUGGCGCUCAAAAGGGGUCAAGACAAAGCCAUCAUGCGGCUCAGUGAGAUGGAGGAGGAGAUGGAGCAGCGCAUUCAAGCCGCGGAGAGCGCUGUGCGGCAAGAGGAGGCAAGGAAUACGGAAUCGGCCCUCAGCGAGCUGAAGCGGCAGUACGAGUCCGAAGUGUGUGAGCUGCAGCACAAGAUCCAGAAGAUGCAGAAGAUCGAGGAGCAAUAUAAGAAUAUCAGUCUGAAAGAUGAGGCCCCUGGACUGAAGAGGAAGAUUAGUAAAUUAACCCUGGAGAAUCAGCAGCUGAAGAAGGACCUGCUGGAAUCUCACACGAACAUCGCCUUUCUGCAGAGCGAACUCGACAGUUUGAAGAGCGACUACACCGAUCAAAGCCUAAACUUUCAAAGAGACGAAGCCUUCAUGAGAGGCUACACUGAGGAGAAGGAUAGCCUCGAGCGACAGAUUGAAAUACUCCAGUCGUCAAACAGGAAGCUUCAUGAUAGCAACGACGGGCUGAGGACCGCCCUGGAGAACAGCCUCAGCAAGUACAACCGCAGUCUGCGGAUGCAAAACACCUCCCCAGGGGGCACCAUCUCCAGGGCCAGUCCCAGCGUCGCCGGCUGCCACUCCCCCUGUUUCGACAGGUUGUCUCGCUCCUCCUACCAGGACGAGGACUGUGACUCCCUGGCUCUGUGUGACCCCAUGCGCCGGCCCAGCUGCGAGAGCUGCUUCGACAGCGGCCUGUCCACCCUGCGUGACUCCAAUGGCUAUGACUCAGAGGCGGACGUCCGGAAAGGCGCACACAGGCCGGUGGGGAUGGCUGAUAGCCUGGCGGGGGACGCAUCGGACAUGGAUGUGCCGGACAUCCAGGAGGACUCAGCGUUUGGGCCCAGGGAGGCGUCGGUUCUGGACUGGAAGCCAUCAAAGCCCAUCAGCAGGAGCAGCUCCGGAGCCUCAGCGCGGAAGUGCCUGUCCGCCAUUUCCGCCCAGGGUGACAAGGAGGAGGACAACUCAAAGUACACGGUGUCAGAUACAACAUACAAGAUCGUCCUGGCGGGAGACGCGGCCGUGGGAAAGUCCAGCUUCCUCCACCGACUCUGCAAGAAUGAGUUCAGAGGAAACACCAGCGCUACCCUAGGUGUGGACUUCCAGGUGAAGACCUUGGUGGUGGAUGGAGAACCGACAGUCCUGCAGCUCUGGGACACUGCUGGACAAGAAAGGUUUCGGAGCAUUGCCAAGUCCUACUUCAGAAGAGCAGAUGGUGUGCUUCUGUUGUAUGAUGUCACUUGUGAGAAGAGCUUCCUGAAUGUGCGAGAGUGGGUGGACAUGAUUGAGGAUGUGUCUCAGGAGGACAUUCCCAUCAUGCUUGUGGGAAACAAGGCAGACCUGCGGAAGCAGACUCUGGAGGAUGGGAUCAAUUGUGUUCCAGUCAACUAUGGGGAGAAGCUGGCCAUGACAUACAGCGCGCUGUUCUGUGAAACGAGCGCCAAAGAUGGCUCCAAUGUAAUCGAAGCGGUGCUGCAUCUCGCUCGGGAGGUGAAAAGGCAAGUACACAAAGACAAGGAUCUUGUUUCUGUCACAAGCCUGACAGGAAGUCACAACAAAAAGUUGUCUAACAUCAACUGCUGCACGGCAUAGAGCGACAACUAAGAUGGCUGCAACCGAAUCACCGUUCCAGCUGAAGACGUCCACAUUUCCACGCUGCACCUCCUUACUUUCCAAGCAGGCAGAGUGAGAAGAAGGUUUGCGUUGUUAUGCUUUCAAACAAAAGCGUACAAGGUAUUUCCUGGGACUGGCAAGUAACCAAAGUCAGAAAAACUGUUUUCGCCAACUAGCAUGAAAACAACCAGACACCUCCUCCUUAUCUUAGCUUGCCACGGCAGCUGUAUUUUACCAUAUAUGCACUUCUACUAUGAUGUCUUACAUAUGCUGGGGGUCACUUAUGAUGUCAGAAUGUUUGGGUGCAGUUUGUACUGGAGAAUGGCAAUUGUGCCUUUAGUCACAUCAGGGAUACUUAGGUGAGGCACCCAGUACUGUUGUCUGAAAGAGUACUGAUUACUGAGUACUCAUUUGGAUAACUGGAUAUUACAGGACAGUUCUGUUCUGUUGUAAACUCAGAGAAACACUAGUGUCCACACAUGGCACAGAUCUCUGGCAUGUUGUAAACUCAGAGAAACACUGGUGUCCACACACGGUGUGGAUCUCUGGCAUGUUUCCACACAUAAGAAUCGGCUGCCAGCCACAUCGGACACCCCCCCGGGUACUCAGUGUUCCUCCAGUGCCGUCUGCGGAUUAGAGCGGGCCGUGUCUGGAGUAGGUCUUGGAACAGGAUUCCAAAAUAAACAUGUCAGCUCAGAGGAACACCUUGGAGAUGCUGCGUUUGUAAGCUCUGCAGAAAGCGAACGUCCUUGUUGUCGUGUGCCGCGAGGGUUCGGUUGUGCAGAUGUGACAGAUUUAAGAUGCGCCUCUGGGCCUCGUACGGAAAACGAGCGGAAAAAAAUGUCGCAGCCACAUUGCCUAGGGAGAAUCCGCAAGAGCAGCUCAGCUCACCCAACCUGCCGCUGACUCCCGUGGGACCAUGAGGCACUGGGAUGGGGGCUGUUUUUUCCCUGUUUAGCUGACU